UUUAUUUAUUUCUAACCUUUGUUUUUUUCUUCCUCUGCGUUGUCUUCUGAAAAUAAUCCCAAUAUUUUUCUAUCAGAGAACUUGCUUUCUCCACAAUUCAAAGCUAUUUAGUUUCUUGUUCCAUUUUUCCCUCUCUCUCUCGUAACAUUUGGUGGAAGAAGAAAAAUCAUAUCAUAAGAUCUUGUUUUAAGGGCAAACCCAUUUUUAUUUCUCUUCCUCGCAUCGUGAACUGAGAUCAAAAUAGCAGUAAUCGCGGCGAAAGAAGAGAAAAAAGAAAAUUGAAUAUUUAUAGUGAAGCAAAAGAAAAAGUCGGAGACUUUAUAUCUUGGUUCGUCGAUUUGAGAUUAGAUCUUGAGAAGAGAUUCUUUUAUAUCUUCAAAUUUCUGCAAUGGGUAUGGCAGCGGAAUCGCAGUUCCAUGUAUUAGCUGUUGAUGAUAGUUUAUUCGAUCGGAAACUCAUAGAGAGAUUGCUUCAGAAGUCUUCGUGUCAAGUAACAACUGUUGAUUCAGGCUCUAAGGCUUUGGAAUUUCUGGGUUUAAGAGAAGGUAGUGAGAGCAACGAACCAAAUGCGCUUUCUACAUCUCCUGAAAUUCACCAGGAAGUUGAAGUGAAUCUUAUAAUUACUGAUUAUUGUAUGCCAGGCAUGACUGGUUAUGAUUUGCUCAAGAAAGUCAAGGAAUCAUCAGCUUUUAAGAACAUACCAGUAGUAAUAAUGUCCUCUGAGAACGUUCCUGCAAGAAUCAGCAGAUGUUUGGAAGAAGGAGCUGAAGAGUUUUUCUUGAAACCAGUAAGAUUGGCUGAUAUCAACAAGUUGAAACCCCAUAUGAUGAAAACAAAGCUGAAGAACCAGAAGCUGGAAGAGAUUGAAGAACCUUUAAAAGACGAAAAUGGAACCGUAAAAGCAGCUGCAGUUGAACCAAAGAUUGAAGAUUCAACAGAGAUCGGAAUCAAAAUCUUGCCUCUUCAAUCGGAAUUAGAACCGAAACAACUACAUCUGCAAGUAGUACAACAAGAGGAGCAGACAUUGUGUAACAACAAGAGGAAGUCUAUAGAAGAAGGGCUCUCAUCAGAUAGAUCACGUCCUAGAUUCGAUGGUAUCACAACCGCCGUCUGAUUCUAUCGCCAUGAUGCUUCUUUUUCCGGUUUCUGAUUUUAGAGUUUUGUAGAUUAUUGUAGGAAUGCUUCUGCUGGUACAAAACAUGGUUUCAGUAGGGAAUGCAGAGAGAGAAUAUAGAUGGAUGAUAAUGAAUCAAUGAUGAUGAUGUAUGGGGAUAAUGUUUAUAUGUGAUUAAUAAAUCUUACAUGGUGAUU